AUGAUGAGUCGUAAGAAGCAUCGCUGUUGUCAGUUGUUUCAAGGCGAGAGCAGUGAGUACGACCUUCAAAGAAUCAACAUUGUUAUGUUGCUGUCUUCAAGACACUCUUCGAAAGUCGAAAGAGAGUCAAAUCAAUGGAGGAGAGCGAGUAGUGAGUACGGAGAAAUGGGUCAGUUGAAUUAA